AUGACAUCUGUGAACUGGCAGCCCACCCCAUCUUCAGGACUCGGAUCUGCCACGCCUUGCGAUGGCCCACCGCUUCAUAAUCGGGUGGUUCCGUUCUGGGUCGCUGGCCACAGAUACCCAUGGGCGAUAUCUCAUGCAUGGAUGGAAGAAAAAGAGCGCAAGGAUGUGUGGACACAUAUCAAUGGGUAUGAAUGGCCCGUGCCUAUACCGAUAGAUGCCGACCUUGAUCUGAUUCGGAUUGAGAUGUUAAACCUGGGAGCGGAGUAUGUAUGGUUGGAUGUUCUGUGUUUGAGGCAGGAAGGUGGGUGGAAUGAAGAACUACGUGAAGAGGAGUGGAAGGUGGACAUUCCGACAAUCGGAUGGGUGUAUCGAAGGGUUAGGUUCACACAAGGUGACCGGAAUUGGUUCAAACGGGCGUGGACGCUACAGGAAAUUAACAACUGUCCGAUUAUUGGCGGGGAAAGUGGUAAUGACGGGACCAUGGAAGGAACCAUGCGAAAAAGGCUCCAUGAACAACUGGAAUCGCUGUAUCACGGUGACCCCGUGUUUGGCACCCUAUCACAGAUGCAGAACCGAGUAUCCACGAAUCCUCUGGAUAAAGUCGCAGGACUGGCAUAUCUUUUCAACUCCUUGUUUAUCCCUAUAUACGAUGCAUCGCAGUCAGAAGAGGAUGCCUGGGAUGCCCUUGUCAAUGUGUUGCCGGGCUACACUCAGAGCGUUUUUUUCUUCUACUUUCCGAGUCCUGUGUAUACAGGUCUCGGUCUUAUGCUGUCCUGA